AUGUUAGGUUUUCAGCGAAGGAGUUUGGGUACUCUGCGACUACUGAUCUCGCUUCUGCUUCUGGCAGCCUGGGAGUCAGGGAGUGGCCAGCUCCACUAUUCCAUCCCGGAAGAGGCUAAGCAUGACACCUUUGUGGGCCGCAUUGCUCAGGACCUAGGGUUGGAACUGGAAGAGCUGGUGCCCCGUUUGUUCCGGGUGGAGUCCAAGGGCCGCGGGAACUUUCUGGAGGUAAAUCUGCAGAAUGGCAUUUUGUUUGUGAAUUCUCGGAUCGACCGGGAGGAGCUGUGCGGGCGGAGCACAGAGUGUAGCAUCCACCUGGAGGUGAUCGUGGACAGACCGCUGCAGGUUUUUCAUGUGGAGGUGGAGGUGAAAGAUAUUAAUGACAACCCGCCAACGUUCUCUCUUAGAGAACAAAGCCUGCUGAUUUCUGAAUCUAAGCAGCCAGACUCGCGAUUUCCGCUAGAGGGAGCUUCUGAUGCGGAUAUAGGCGAGAAUGCUCUAUUGACCUACAGACUAAGUCAAAAUGAGUAUUUUACUUUAGAAUCACCAACGAAUAAUAAGCCGACUAAAAGACUGUCGCUUAUAUUAAAGAAGUCACUGGACAGAGAGAAAACUCCGAAACUUAAUUUGCUACUGACUGCCACGGAUGGAGGGAAACCAGAACUCACAGGCACCCUUCAGCUCUUGGUCUCUAUCUUGGAUGUUAACGACAAUGAUCCGGAGUUUGAUCAAUUAGAAUACAAGGUGAGAUUGAUGGAAAACACUGCUAAAGAAACUCUUGUGAUAAAGCUAAACGCCACCGAUCGAGAUGAAGGAAUAAACGGGGAAGUAGCAUACUUCUUAAUGUCAAUUAAGCCCAAUGGAAAAUUCUUAUUUACACUAGAUGAAAAUAAUGGAGAAGUGAGGGUCAAUGGAACUUUAGAUUAUGAAGAAAAUAAGUUUUAUGAAAUUGAAGUGCAAGCCACAGAUAAGGGGAUUCCCCCGAUGGCAGGUCACUGUACAGUCUGGGUAGAAAUCGUAGACACUAAUGAUAACGCUCCUGAAGUUACUGUGACUUCUCUGUCCCUCCCAGUACGUGAGGACACUCGGCCUACCACAGUCAUUGCGUUGAUAAGCAUAUCCGACCGCGACUCCGGUGUCAACGGCCAGGUGACCUGCUCUCUGACACCCGAUGUUCCCUUCAAGAUUGUGUCCACCUUCAAAAACUAUUAUUCACUGGUGUUGGACAGUGAUCUGGACAGAGAAAAAGUGUCAGCAUAUAAUUUGGUUGUGACUGCACGAGACGGGGGCUCGCCUUCGCUGUGGACCACAGCCAUUGUGUCGGUGGAAGUGGCAGAUGUGAACGACAAUGCACCUGCGUUCCCACAGUCUGAAUACACCAUAUUCGUGAAGGAGAACAAUCUGCCAGGCUCCCACAUCUUCACGGUAUCCGCUCAAGACGCGGACACGCAAGAAAAUGCGCUGGUAUCCUACUCUCUAGUAGAGCGGCGGGUGGGUGAGCGUGCGCUGUCGAGCUACGUGUCGGUGCACGCUGAGAGUGGCAAGGUGUAUGCACUGCAGCCCUUGGACCACGAAGAGCUUGAAUUGCUGCAGUUCCAAGUGAGCGCGCGCGACGCUGGUGUGCCUCCACUCGGUAGCAAUGUGACUCUGCAAGUGUUCGUGCUGGACGAGAACGACAACACGCCUACGCUGCUGCCUACUCCUGUAGGUGGCACCGUGAACGUGAACGAGCUGGUAUCAAGGUCAGUGGGCGCCGGCCACGUGGUGGGUAAGGUGCGCGCAGUGGAUGCAGACUCCGGGUACAAUGCGUGGCUCUCCUACGAGCUAUUGCCAGCUGCAGGUGGCGCUCGCAGUCCAUUUCGCGUGGGGCUAUACACCGGUGAGAUCAGCACCACGCGCGCCCUGGACGAGACAGAUGCACCACGUCAGCGCCUGUUGGUUCUGGUGAAGGACCACGGUGAAUCGGUUUUGAUGGCCACCGCCACAGUGCUGGUAUCUCUGGUGGAGAGCGGUCAGGCGCCAAAGGCCGCCUCACCGAUGUUUGCCAGCUCUGCGGGCCAGGCAGAGGCGCUGGUGGAUGUCAACGUGUAUCUGAUCAUAGCCAUCUGCUCGGUGUCCAGCCUGUUGGUGCUCACGCUGCUGCUGUACACAGCGCUGCGGUGCUCUGCUGGGCCCACUGAGAGUGCGUGUGGACCUGGGAAGCCCACGCUGGUGUGCUCCAGCACGGUGGGGAGCUGGUCAUACUCGCAACAGAGGAGGCAGAGGGUGUGUUCUGGCGAGGAUCCGCCCAAGACCGACCUAAUGGCCUUCAGCCCCAGUCUUCCACCAGGACUAGACAGAGAAGAUGAAAAAGGAAGGCAGGAGGCAGGAUUAAAUAACCCAGUACACGUGAGUUUUCUAAAAAUUCCACCUAUUCAGAAUGUUUAUGUUAAAUUAUUUGGAUCGUUUGUUCACAGAAAUUUUUAA